GCGCGGCUGAGGCCUGUGUCCGGCCGGUGUCCCAGGCAGCUCCUCACCGCUCUCUUCUCUCUCUCCGCAGGUACAAGCCGCCAUCAUGGGCCGCAGACCCGCCCGCUGUUACAGAUACUGCAAGAACAAGCCCUACCCAAAGUCUCGCUUCUGUCGUGGUGUCCCAGAUCCUAAAAUCAGGAUCUUCGACUUGGGACGUAAGAAGGCCAAGGUGGAUGAGUUCCCACUAUGCGGGCACAUGGUGUCGGAUGAGUACGAGCAGCUGUCGUCAGAAGCUCUGGAGGCUGCUCGUAUCUGUGCCAACAAGUACAUGGUGAAGAGCUGUGGCAAGGAUGGUUUCCAUAUCCGAGUGCGUCUCCACCCAUUCCACGUCAUCCGCAUCAACAAAAUGUUAUCCUGCGCUGGGGCUGAUAGGCUCCAGACUGGCAUGCGUGGUGCUUUUGGGAAACCUCAGGGCACAGUGGCUAGAGUAAACAUUGGUCAGGUCAUUAUGUCCAUCCGUACCAAGACUCAAAACAAGGAGCAUGUGGUUGAGGCUCUCCGCAGAGCCAAGUUCAAGUUCCCAGGCCGUCAGAAGAUCCACAUUUCCAAGAAGUGGGGCUUCACAAAGUUCAAUACUGAAGACUUUGAGGGCAUGGUAACUGAGAAGCGCCUGAUUCCUGAUGGCUGUGGGGUGAAGUACAUCCCUAACCGGGGUCCCCUGGAUAAGUGGAGGGCACUGCAUGCCGCGUGAGAACCUCGCUUUUAACUGGCUCUUGUUCAUUUGAGAUCUUGUGUUAAUAAAGCUCUGUGUACAA